UUCACAAAGAAAAAAAACACUUCAUUUUCAUUUAUAAAUUUCAUCAAUAAAUUGUUAAUAACAAUAUAAAAAAUGGAAAAUAAAACCCUUGAAAUAGAAAAAUCCGCUGCAGAAAAACUUAAAGAACGUAAGGAACGUUUAAGAAAUCUCCACAAGCUUCGUCAGACAGCUAGAUCUGAAAAUCACCAAGAAGUCAUUGCUGAAGAUGCCCGAAACAAACUUCCCAAAAAUUGGGAAUCUAGAAAACGACAAGCUGACUGGAUUGUUAGCGACGCAAAUGCACGAGAAGCAGCCGAAGCUGAAGGUAAGGAUUAUGAUCGAAUGCGAAUGUUAGAAGUUUCCGCUAUCGAUGCAACAAAAAUCGAAAAGAAAAAACAAAAAAAGAAUCCAGACGGUGGUUUUUCGACAUUUGAAGCUCAAACUGCGCGUCAAUAUAGUAGAUUGGUUAAGAAUAUGGCACCCAGAGAUAUGGAAAAGUAUGAAAAACAAAAGCAAGAAUUGGGUGAGGGAGCAUUUUACUGUAAGCCAAAUACACUUAUCCACAAUAGACCUCAGGACACUCCAGAUGCUAUAAAUAAUAUGGUCAAAGAUUUGGAAACACAAAUUGAACGCAGGAAAAAAUACUCGAGAAGGAGGAUAUAUAAUGACGAUGCUGAUGUUGACUUUAUCAAUGAACGCAAUUCCAAGUUCAACAAAAAAUUGGAUCGUUUCUAUGGAGAAUAUACUUCGGAGAUCAAACAGAAUUUGGAAAGAGGAACUGCAAUUUAAGUUUUUUUUUUCAAUUUACAUUAUUUUAGCUUGACUCUUAGAUUUAAGACUUGUGUUCUGUAUUUUCAUUUUUUAUUAAAUUCAAAAUAAAGUCUCCAUGUACAUAGUUUGA